AUGGCGCAACAGUCUCAAGUCAAGGACAUCGCUAGUGCGAGCGAGUUCAACCAACUGCUGAAGGACAACAAGUAUGUGGUAACGGACUUCUACGCGACCUGGUGUGGGCCAUGUAAGGCAAUGGCACCCCUCUAUGAGCAACACGCAGCGAAGAAUGCAGCAGUGGGAAAGGUUGCUUUCGCCAAGGUCGAUGUGGAUGCUGUGCCCGACGUAGCUGCGCGCUAUCGUGUUACGAAUAUCCCAACGUUUCUUUUCAUCAAGGACGGCGAGGAAUACGACGAAAUCAGACAGGCCAAUCCACCAAAGCUGAAGGCUGCGGUGGAUGAAAUCGCGGUCGAGGUUGCGAAGCUGAACGACGGGGACAGCGAUAUCACCAAGGCGAUACAGGACGAGGACUGGUGA